AUUUCGUGCAGACUAAAAAACAUGUCAGCCGCCAUGAAGAGUUCUCUAUCAAAUAAUCUUCAACAAAACGUCUCAUCUUGCAAAAUUCUUGUCGUUGGAGCUGGUGGAAUCGGAUGUGAACUGUUAAAAAAUUUGGCUCUAACAGGAUUUUCGGAUAUUGAAGUGAUUGAUCUAGAUACUAUAGAUGUCAGUAAUCUUAAUAGACAGUUUUUAUUCAGGAAGGAACAUGUGGGAAAAUCUAAGUCACAGGUGGCAAAAGAAAGUACCCUGAAAUUCAAUCCUGAUGUAAAUAUUGUAGCCUAUCAUGACAGUGUCAUGAAUCCUGAUUAUGGAGUUAACUUCUUCAAGAAAUUUAAACUAGUCAUGAAUGCACUUGACAACAGAGCUGCUAGAAAUCAUGUUAAUCGUAUGUGUUUAGCUGCUGAUGUACCACUAGUUGAAAGUGGAACUGCUGGUUAUCUAGGCCAAGUUACUGUUAUUAAAAAGGGAUUAACAGAAUGUUAUGAAUGUCGACCUAAAGCAACACAGAAAACAUUUCCAGGCUGUACUAUAAGAAAUACUCCAUCAGAACCUAUACAUUGUGUAGUAUGGGCUAAGCAUUUAUUUAAUCAGUUGUUUGGAGAAGAUGAUCCAGAUCAGGAUGUUUCUCCAGAUACAGAAGAUCCAGAAUUAACAGCUGAAGCAGGAGAGAAGGCUCUAGAGAAAGAGACAGAAGGCAAUGGAAAAGAUCUAGAGAGAAAAUCUACAAGAGUAUGGGCGAUUGAAAAUGGGUAUAAUCCUGAAAAAAUAUUUUCAAAGUUAUUUAGAGAUGAUAUCAAAUAUUUAUUGUCAAUGGAAGCUUUAUGGAAGACACGACGGCCACCAGAGCCAUUAGAUUGGAAUAAUCUUUCAGAUGCUACACCAAGUUCUGCAACACAGAUGAGAGAUCAGAGAAUAUGGUCUAUGAAAGAGUGUGGUGAAGUAUUUGCUAAUUGUUUGGGUAAAUUAAAAAUAGAUUUAGCAGCACAGGGUGAUGAUGGUAUGUUAGUGUGGGAUAAGGACGAUGAGACUGCUUUGGAUUUUGUUGUAUCUGCUGCCAACAUCCGUGCCAAUAUCUUUGGAAUCUCACAAAAGUCACGAUUUGAUAUAAAGUCAAUGGCAGGUAAUAUUAUACCAGCUAUAGCAACGACUAAUGCUAUUGUAGCAGCUUUAAUAGUUAUGGAAGCAUUAAAAAUAAUAAAUGACCAGUUUGAUAAAUGCACUACAGUAUAUCUAAACAGAAAACCUAACUUCAGAAAAAAAUUACUAGAUGCUGGUCGAUUAGAUCCACCUAAUCCUAAAUGUUAUGUCUGCUCAGCUAAACCAGAAGUCACAGUAGUGUUAAAUACACAGAAGAUAACCAUCAAAUUCUUAGAAGAAAAGAUCUUGAAAGGUGAUUUAGGCAUGGUAGCACCUGAUGUAGAAAUAGAUAAUGGAAUGGGUACUAUUAUCAUAUCAAGUGAAGAAGGAGAAACUGAAGAAAACAACGAAAAAUUAUUGUCCUCAUUUGGUAUUAUUAAUGGAAGUCGAUUAAAGUGUGAUGACUUUUUACAGAACUAUAAUUUAAAUAUAACCAUUGCCCAUGUAGAGAAACUUGAAGAUGAAAAGGAGUUUAUGGUAGUAGGAGAUAUGGCUGAAUUACAGGCUAAAUUAGAAGAGAAUUCCAAAAAGAAAGAAGAGGGGACUGGUGCUGCUCUUGAAAAAUCAAAAGAAGAGGAGGAAGAUGAUUUAGAAAUAAUUGAUGAUAUUGAAGCUAUGGAAACAGGGCCAACUGAUACUAGUCCAAAGAAACGAAAAGCAGAUGAACUAGACUGUACACCUACAGCUAAAAAACAGAAAAAAUCGGUUGGAGGUGAUGGGGAUGCUGAUAUAGUAGAAAUUCUAUGAAGUUUUAAUUAGAGAACAUUUUUUUACACGUCUUUAUGAAGUGCUGCAAGGGACCAAUCACCUCCUAUUAUCUGUAAAUAAUCAACCGAGUUAUUGGAGAAUGUACAUCCCAUGUCAAAGAACAAAAUUAAAACUGAGUUAAAUCUUGCAUCAAAA